ACAUCAUAGACGCGAUGGUUGCAACCACAGCGCAGGAUACUCGACCUCCCCGGCGAUUAUUCAAAAAAGGAAGCGCCAUUAGGCGACCAGCACGAUGGACUCAGACGACCAAAACCUUGUCGAAUCGAAAAGAUGGGCUCCUGCUCAGUCGAUGGGAACGAGCCGCGACGGCAGCAGUUGCAUUAGACACAACACAACCCUACGACAGAUUCGCACGAUACGAUGUCGAAGUGGAAGUUCCCACCUAUGACGAUGAGACCUAUGAAGCCAGCCUCCGUAAUGAUGAUUGGACCAAGGAAGAGACAGACUACUUGAUGGAAGUUUAUCGGGAAUGCUGUGGGAAAUGGCCCGUCGUCGUCGACCAUUAUUCGCGAGGGAAGGAGCGCUCCAUGGAAGAUCUCAAGGCUCGCUUCUAUUCCAUCUCGGCCAAAUUGCUUUCCAUUGCGACGCCAAUCACAUCCAUGACCGCUGCCGAUUACGCUCGAUACGAAAUUCUGUCCACUUUCAAUGCGAGUCAGGAGACUUCGCGCAAAAAGCUUGCUGAAGGACACCUGUAUCGUAAGACGGCAGAGGUGGACGAAGAGACGGUAUUACUUGGAGAGCUGCAGCGAAUCAUGUUGAACCAAGCUACACUGGACAACGAGCGCGAGGAACUUCGUCGGCGCCUCGAUUACCCUCAUGCUUCCAGCAACGGCUACCAGUAUUCCACAUCUACUCAACUUACAUCAUUAUGGCAGACCUUGUACCGAGCAGAUCAGAUGAAGAAGGCUCCUGCGCGGCUCAGGGCUACGGGCAAUCCGGCCUACGACGGAACCGCCGCCGCAACACCGACAUCUGCUCGUCCUCGAGAAUCCAACGCAGGUCUUUCAGAACCCGCCAGCGCCACUAGCCGACGACCUCGUGACUCAUUACCAGGGACUGCAGCAACAGCGACGUCAGCAAUAUCGGCAGUGGCUACUCCUCAGAGCGCCCUCCCUGCAGAGCUGACGAAAGCGGAGCAAAUCCGCUACGGCGUCGUAAUGCAGCAAGAGAAGCUCUCGUCCGGCGUCUCAUUCGCAUCCGACAAACUCUCCAAGCCAAGAAUCGCCAAAUCAACCAUCCAGACGGAGAAGAUUGCCGCCGUUCUAACGCAUAUUGGUGUCCCUGAGCUUAUCCCUCUCCCAACUCCGGCGGUGAUUGAGCAGUUUGAACAGAUCAUGACGAAAGUCCAUGUCCUGCUUGAAAUGCGAAAGAUUGCGGAGAAGGAGGAGCAAGAGUUGAGAGUCCGACAGGCCGAAGCUAAUGCUGCAUGAGGCAAAAGGGUAGACAGGGAUGAUUGAGAAAAGCGAUUUGUGUUUGUGUGCUUAUGAUACCCCGCCCACCUCAUCCUGACAGAAAAUAGCAAGAUGUUAUCCAAAAUUCCUUUGACGCAAAAAA